AUGAAUUUUAAAAUUUUAGUGGCGUUUUGCAGUAAAGCUGGAGAGCUGGGCGAUCAUUCCAAAACUGAUAUUCAGAUGCUCCACCCUGAUCAAGGUGAGUGUGGAUCGUGCUGGGCUUUCUCCACUACAGCAGCAGUUGAAGGUGCUAUUGCAAGGAUCAACGGAGACCGUUUAUUGGAUCUUAGUGAACAGUCACUUAUUGACUGCGCUUGGACCUACGACAAUAAUGGAUGUAAUGGCGGAACACUAGAUGGCGCUUUGAAAUACGUGCUCACAAAUGGCAUUCCGACUGAAAAAGACUAUGGCGUCUAUACUGAACAUGAUGGUUACUGUGAUAUCUUCAACAUGACCAAUACAUACAAGAUUAAAGGCUUCGCUAAAGUCACUCCUCGCAACCCCAAUACGUUGAAAGUAGCUCUGUACAAAUACGGGCCAGUAACAGUAGCGAUACAUGCUGAAUGCUGA